AUGAACUUUGUGAUAUGGUUUGUUCCAGCAGUAGGUAGAGCAACAGUGGUUACAAGGUCUGUGACAAUACCGCCACCGAUCCCUGUAUACAUCGCUAGUGUCACCAACGAAUCCGCAUCAGUGAAACCAUCUGAAACUGCUACCAUAAUGUUCCUUGCAUGUCCAGUUCCCAAUACUCAAACAGUGGUGGCAAGCACUGCAAACUCCAGGCAACCAUCCUUGGCCUACAGGCCUAAUUUAUCAAAAAGCUCCACUAGUUUGAAGCAAGAGGAAGGAGUUAAUACGAUAAAUGCAAGCUACGGAAGAAGCUCGCAGUUGCCGUUCGUCCUCAGAACUGAUAUCACAAAGAAGCCCACGGCAUUGGAAUCAGCCAAUAACUCCAGUACAAGAGGAUACCGUACAACCACUACUACUUCACUUCGCGCCCUCUCCACGAAGGACCCAUUACGACUGGCAGGAUCUGAACAUUCAACAACAACAGUCGAGGAUGCAGCGAUAACUAUGAGCUCCGAAACUAUCUCGCAAUGGUCGUUUACCCAUGAUGCUACUAUCACCAACAGAUCUACUGCUUUAAAAUACCCCAGAAGACCUCAUACAAGCACAGAUGCAGACAAUUAUUAUGCAGGCACUGUAGGUACGUCACAAUUCGUGACUCCUGUUACCAACGCCACUAAUAUCACAUCAGAUACUAUGGACACUGAAGAAGCCGUAACAACUACUGAUGCAGCAACAGUGAUAACAAGAUCCAAAGCAAUGCCGCAGUCGUCCACGAUCUUCAGCGAUAGAAUAGGCAGAAAGUCUACAACGCUGGCUAAAAAGACGUCUACAAGCACCGAUGUUGGAGCACUAACUUCAAGCACAGAAAGUGUUUCACGCUUGCGCAGCUACGGUGAUGUAUAUGAGAAACAGUAUGCGAAGUCCACAAAAGGAAAGGGCGCUGUUACAAGUGAGUGA